AUGAUUUUGUUUCGUGUUGUGGCUCAGUGGUUUGAAACCUUGCUCGAAAAACUGUUCGACAAGUUGGAAGCAUGCUGGCAGUUCAAUUCACUGAACGUAAAAAGUGCCGCCAAACAGAAUGAGCCGAGAAAGCCAUUCAGACACAAGAUUGAAAUCGCAGAUAGGCGUUUCUUCAUGUUUACGUUGGAAUCCGUCAAAGCACUGACUAAACAAAUACCUUCCGUCGCCGCCUUCACAGUAUCGUCAGAUAACUUAACAUGGAUAUUAAACGAAUGGCAAAAAAAGUCGUAUGCGUCAGAUCCGUUUCAUAUACCACCUGCUGGCUUCUUGCUGAUCGAUAAUCUACAAAAAGUGGUUGUGGAUAAUGGUGCCGUUCGUUCACCUUGUGCUUCUCCCAGUCACCUCAAAGCACUGUGGAAAGAAUCAUGGUCUCAGCAACCAGUAGUUUCUAGCUGGAAAACACCAAAAAGUUACAUCCAUGCUCGUCGCAUGGAAAAAAAAUUAAAAGAUUUCCGAAGAUUGACAAAAGAACUACGCAGUUUGGGACGCAAGCAACGCCAAGAAUUGCGACUUUGCGUUGCUACGAAGAAGAGAAUUGAAAAUGCGAGAAAACACGGGGCAGAUGUAUCGCAGCCCAUUUACCAGCAGUUGGAACAGCACUUACAGACACUGAUCGAACGAUUCUAUCACACUGGCCAAAGAAUCCGAGGCUUGAAGACAAGUGUUCAGUACGAACUGCGUCCUGCCUUGGAAGCACUGGAUCAGGAAUAUGCUGCUCAGUCUCGAGCUUGUCAGAACGGCCCAAAUAUUCCUCGAGCAAGAGUCGUAGACAGCAUGAUUUGGGAUUCGUUAAAGGGCCAAAUCGCUGAUUGCGCACAAGACCUACAAGCAGUUGAUAGAAUCCGAUGGAUGAUGGAGCUAAUUUUGCAAACACGGUAA